AUGGUAUCUCUAAUCCUGGGCGCUGUUGUACUGUCAAUCAAAGUGUCUGUUCAGCUGACUGGAAACCAGUCAUUUGUCCUCCAAUCUCAGGCAACCAAUGCGAUACCACAAUCACUGGAUGCCCCAGAUUGGUUUCAAAGUGGUGCAGUUUCUGACAAUAUGGCUGAGGACCUGACCGCAACCCCAUCGAUCAGCAAAAAAACUCUCAAUUCGCCUGCUGAAACUGGUGCCCGUCCGAAUUUAAGCGAUCCUUCAGAUCGGUCUCAAAACGCUUCACCUGUUGCUACAUUGAUCAUUGAUCCAACGAAAACUCCGUCGAAUGAAAAGUCGACUCUCAGUUUGCCAGCUCAUCCGUUUGUUGGACCGAAAUUUCUGGUUGGCAUCAUGUGCGUCCAAGAAGACGUCGAACGUCGUCAAUUCAUAAGAGACUCCUUCGUGUCCUUUUACAAGGACACUGAAGAUUUCAAUUCCAAUCGAAUCUGCUCCUUAAAUGACCUCUUAAAUGAAGAGAUCGAUGCCACAUCUUGUCAAAUCGCAUACAUCUUUUUGGCUGGUGGACUGACUGAAGGUUCGACACAACUCCUGACUCCCAAUGCCACCCAUCCCAUUACAAUUGAAACUCCGGACGAGUACGGUGGAGAAGACGAUGUUGCAUUUCUGAACAUUAAGGAAAACAUGAACGAUGGCAAAACACCAACGUUCUACAGAUAUGCGUCCCUUGCGUUGGAUCGAUUGAAAGAGCGUCAAAUUUCCUUUGACUUUGUGAUGAAGAUUGACUUGGAUACAAUGCUUUUUCCGGUCAAUUUGCUCGAAUAUGCUGCCAACCACUUUCCGUUACACUUGAAACAGGUAUACAUGGGUAGAAAGGUGAGAGGCGGUAAGAGCGGAUACUCUUGGGCAGCUGGUCCAUUCCAAAUCUUGUCUGUGGACCUUGCCAAAGCAAUAUCUGGUCCUGAAUCCAUUGGACGACAAAAUAGAAGUGAGUUUGAGGACAAAGAAAUUAGUAAAAGAGUUGAGUACCUGGGUACAAAUGCAUCCAAGAUUUGGCUUCCCGACAAAACACUCAUGAUCCAACCGUCCAAAAUUUCGCACGGGAAACCGAAAUAUGCCAACUAUAACUUUACAGAAGUUCUCUAUGGGCAUACGGAAUGGGGAAACAAAGGACGAUGGUCUCGGUUCAGUCCGGGUCCAUACUUCAAGUACUUGCCGACUGCUCGCAAGAUAUGGCGUCACUACUUGUACUGGCACACUCACAACAAGACAUCAGUGAGCAAUACCUAUCAUCUGUUUGAUAUGCCACCACGAGGGGAUAUCCUUACGCUGGUGCGAAGAAAUGACUAUAUCUUUUCGAAUCAAGACUUCGACUCGUCACCUGUUGUUCUGGAAGAUUACAAGCUUGUCUUUUUUCCAAUCGAAGGGAAUGGAGCAGAAACCUGGCGUUGUUUGUUUCGUCGUAUGUUGAAGAAAACAGACUGGCGGAACGAGACUGUUCAGUUCCAAGGCCUUGCACUCCUGAGUGAUUUCACUUUGGAAAGGGCAAAUGAAAUAAUGACAUCGGCUGAGUACACCCGUGCUAUGAUUGUACAAGACCCAAAGACUCGUCUGUUAUCCAGCUAUGUCAGAAAAGUGUUGCAGGAUAGGAAAAAUGAAUUCAUGAAAGCUCAUUGUUGUGGAACGAUUAAACAGCUAGUAUUGCCAGGGUCGGAACACUAUGUCGGCAAGUGUGCCAAAAUGGAGGAACCAAUCUCUUUUGAGAUGUUUGUAAACAUUACUCAAGAUUGCGACCAUCCAUAUUGGCGACCGCAAAGUAGAAAGAUGGAGCCAAAAUACUUUCCUUACAUCAAUUAUGUUGGUCAUUACGAAACUAUUGAAAAGGAUGCCAAGGUCUUGCUUCAGAAGAUUGGCGCUUGGGACAAGUUUGGGCGUGAUGGUUGGGGGACGGAUGGAACGGAACCCAUCUUUGCAUUACAUACGAAUUGGACCCCCCUCAGUGUCUCAAAACUUCUACAGCAAGACUAUGGCGGUGUUCUGGCGACAGUGGGCAAGAAUGGGAGUGUCUUUCAGAGCGAUUACCAGUGGAGUUUGAUGAAUAGUUAG